UGUCGUGACUCGUAAAGCGAGAAAUAUUUCAAGUUUUCGCAAUACGAUUACGAUGAUCAAAAACGGUUUGCGAUUGAUAUCCACAGGAUUGACUAGUAUACAAACGACACUGCGCGGUUGUAACUCAACGUCGGCAAAACUUCCCGGCAAUGGUAAAUGCGUCCGACAGUUAGUAAGUUACCAUUAUGCCAGUACAAAGGAGUGCUUCCGUUUUAAAAGUACAAACGGUACAGUCCCACCUAUGCCGUGGUUUGGAAUUGAUAUAGGCGGAACAUUGUCAAAAAUAGUUUUUUUCGAACCAAAAGACUCUAAUACAACACAAACUGAAGAUGAACUCUUGUCCAAUGUUACCAAAUAUUUGACGAAGAAUUCUGCUUAUGGAAAAUCUGGACACAGAGAUGCAUACCUACAGGCAUGCAUUAAUUUUUAUUAUUUAAUUUCUACAGUUCUUGUUUUUACAAUUAGUUUGUUCACAGAUGGACAAUGUACAGAUCAGCAAUAG